UUAGUGUCGACGCGGAGACGGUCGCCAUCAACCACGAGAGUCAUUGUGAUUUUUUAAUUGUGUUUUGUGUUCUCCUGGAGACCGUGAGAGAGUGACAAUUGUUUUUAGCAAAGACUUCUGCUCCGCCACCAUCCUCUACAACGCCACAAUGCUCGACCAGGAGCUCUUAACCAAGGGAGGACUAACCGACGGCCAGCAACAGCCGCCGCCGCCUCACCUCACCAAUCCGUACUCACAGUUUCAACAAUACCAACAGAGCAUGGCCGGCUACAACAACGUCGGCUACGGAUUCCCCAUGUACACCCAGAACGGCUACGGCUACCCGCUCUCGGGCUACCCACACGCCCCUAGCCCUCCCUCAGACGUGACCGAGAAGACCGAAGGAGGGGAAGUGAGGGUAACAGCCAAGGGGAAGAAGAUCCGCAAGCCACGCACCAUCUACUCUUCGUUGCAACUUCAGCAAUUGAAUAAAAUGUUCCAGAGGACACAGUACCUCGCCUUGCCGGAACGCGCUGAGCUGGCAGCCAAGCUCGGUCUCACGCAAACACAGGUGAAGAUCUGGUUCCAGAACCGCCGCUCCAAGUACAAGAAGCUGUACAAGGCCGCCCAGAACGGUCAGCUGCCGGGCGUGGACGCUGCUGACAUCGCUGCUGACCUCGGCGCCAACCUCGCCCAGAUGGUCAGCGGCCCCGAGUCCCCCAGCUCUCCGGCGCCCACCGAGCACGCCCACGAGCACCCGCCCUCGUCCGUGGGCGGCGGCGACGGCAGCGGCCCCCUCUCCCCCCCGCCCGAGCACCAGGAGCGCCCGCAGUCGCAGACGCCCACCGUGUCCAGCCACGGCGCCGACAUGAGCACGCCCAUGAUGUCGGGCGCCCAGAGGGAGAUGAUGGUGUCGCCGCCCGUGGCCACGCCCAAGGACAUGGCGCCCAUGAACGCCGCCGCCGCCAUGGUGGCGUGCGAGCAGCAGAGGCGCGAGCAGCCGCCCAUGAUGCACCCGCACCACCAGUGGGACCCCGCCCACUACAUGUCCUAUUGGAACCACUACGGCGACAUGGCCGCCCACCAGAUGAACCACCAGAUCAUGACCUAAGCGGCGGCGCCUCUGGUCCUUGUUUACUUUUGUUUUGUUGUUUGUUUGUUUUGUGCGCGGGGAGGCUGUUCGUUUGCGUUGUUUGGCGGUGCCACGCUCCUCGCCCCUCCCCCUCCCCCCUCCACCCCCUCCGUUCGCUCCUCCUCUUCUUCCUCCUCCCCCGCCCGCUCUGGGGAAACGAGGUCAUGUCAGCGGGAUCGAUCGAGGUCGGAGGUCAGAGGUCGCAGGAAGGGAAGGAGACCGGGAAGAAGAAGGAGAAGGAAAGGAGGAGAAGAAUAGGAGAAGCAGAAGAAUAGGAAGAAACAGAAGAAGGGGAGGAAAAGAAGGAAGA